AUGGGCCGGCUCGGCCAGUCGCCCCACCCCCACCCCCCACCCCACGCACCUCGCUCUCUCCUCUCCCCCUCUCUUCUUCUCCUUCGCGAUCCGGCCCCCUCCACCGUCGCGUACUACUCUCGUGCACCCGAGCCCAACGCUGAUUCCGCAGAGGACCAGCUCGACGAGCCGAACCCCAACGCGCAGAGCCAGGUCGAUGAGGAUGGUAAUAUGCCUGAGGACUCUCCCCAACAAGAGUAUUUUCAUGGUAUCCCAAUCCCGAUAGAGGUUGCUAAUAAGAUGCCUAAGGACUCUGCCCAACAACGGUAUGUUGGUGUUUACCCAAUAGAGACGAAUUUGUACGAGGAGGCAUUGGACCAUUUUUACCAAGAAAUGAGCAAGGAAGUGGAGACAAUUCUUCGCAAGCCAGACCCGAGGCUACCCAAGCUGCAUGAGCUCCCCACGAGUGUGGUGGUCACAUGUGUGUCCGAGGACUGCACGCACGUGUACGUGUACUUGCUCGAGAGGAAAUGCAGGUCUCGAGUGAGUGCUGCAAAGGCUCAAGGGUACGAGAGGAAACAUAGGUCUCGAGUGAGGGCUGCAAAGGAAUCAUGUAGAGAACUAGAAGUAUGGUUUGCUUUGACUUCCGCGGUGGGACGAAAGACGAUAUCUUUUCGUUCGCCUUCUGAUAAGUUUCCGUUUGAAGCGGCUGAGCUAGCGCAUAAAUGGAAGGUUGUUAAUAAGUUUGAGUUCCCUGGCGGAGUUUUAUUUGAUGUAAUGCAUGAAGAAGCGACGAAGUACGCUCGCUGGCUGAUUGCCCAGAACAAGUUAGCCUGCAAGGACAUGGGCAAGGACGUGAGCAAUGCAACUCUGGGAAAAGUCUAAGUUAAUUGUUGCAUCAGUUUUGCAUGCAAAGGGAGCAGAUCGUCUGGAAGUUCCUUUGAAAAAACUGGCGUUUCUACUGUUAGAAUGUUAGAAUGCUGUCGUCUUUGUCUCUUUGGGUGUCGCGGUUGCUAGGGUGGCCAUCCCAUCCGGUCUCUACUUUGGAUGGAAGAAAUAAAAUGUGAAACAAUUCUGUUGGAUAACCUUUGUGACGACGUAAUUUACAUGGAUGCAGCACCAUGGAAAUUUGCACCAUGGAAAUUGCUCAAGAUCAAUCUUAUUUAGUGACACUUUUAUUCAUGGCGUGGCAUGUAAUUUUGGUAACAAGCUUAUGGUAUUCUAGGUAGAUUGUCACGUGUCACAUCCGAGCAGGUGUAUAUAUUCUUAUAAUUCGGUUGGCAAUACUUGUUUUUUGAUC